AUGGCUUCCCAACGUAUUGCCACUUGGGCUGCAACCAACGUCGGGGUCGUCACUUCUGGCACAGUCAUCCUCGUGGGUGCACUCACCACAUGGGACAAUCACCGUGGACGAGAUCAUCAAGUCACCACCAUCGAAACUAAUCUCGGCACACGGAUUGGUGAUCUCGGCACACGGAUUGGUGAUCUCGGCACACGGAUUGGUGAUCUCGGCACACGGAUUGAUGUAGUCGACAAGAAGGUUGAUGAAGUUAAAGAGGAAAUCAAGCAUACUCAAGCAAUCGCCUUAGGAGCUGCAUAUGUAAGCUUCACUGGAAACCAAGCCAUGAAAAACAAAUGGGCGAAGGAUAUCGAGAAUGAGGAAUUCUUUCUAGAACGGUUAAAGGUUUCCGAUAACAGCAGGAAGACUUUUUUGCAUUACGCGACUACUGGAGAUACAUUAAGCAUCAAAAGGGAAAAGUGGGAGCGUACUAAAUUCUCCAACCCAUCUCAAGAGCGCUCGGAAAAUACGUACUAG